UCAGACACAAGCUGUUCAACAGCCUUCGUCUCUCACAUCAUCAUCAUCAUCUCUCAAGAGCAGACAGUCGGAGCGGCGCCGAGGAUGGCAUCACAUCAGGAAUACUAACAGCAACAGUUGCGGCAGAGCUGCAACAUAAAAGUCUGGGGAGAAUUGGGGAUGGCAUCACGGGGAGACCUGUGAGUUUUGGGUGAAGCAACACGUUUGUGAACCCCAGCAGUGGCCCGUCACCACGCCAGCAUCCCCGCCGUGAAUGAACAAACAGCAGGAGGCAGUGGCGAGCAGACUUUCCCACGAGCUUCCACCGAAAAAAGCACGACGGCAGCAGACUGACCGGCUCCCGCCAUGACGCGCCGGUAGACCACGCGUCGGGAGUUUGAAUCUCUUCUCAAAGUUUCCGCACCAGUCGUCGCCGAGCGUGGUUUCUUUCUCAGGUGAGGGGUUUCUGCCGUGGGGGGCAGCUGACAUCCGUCCAAGACGCCGCGAGCCGUACUCCGCGUGAAGAAUGCCCAGACGCGCUUGGCCAAGCCGGCCGACCCGGGCCCGACGCCGGGUCUGUACAUGGAGCGAUCGCAGAGCCGCAUCAGUCUGUCGGCGUCCUUCGAGGCGCUCGCCAUCUACUUCCCAUGCAUGAACUCCUUCGACGAGGACGAUGGAGUGGACACGGAGGGUCGGAAACUGAAAGGAGCCAUUCAGAGGAGCACGGAGACGGGACUCGCCGUGGAGAUGCCGAGUCGGACGGUGCGGCAGGCGAGUCACGAGUCCAUUGAGGACAGCAUGAACAGCUACGGCUCGGAGGGAAAUCUCAACUACAGUGGGAUGUGCUUGGCGUCGGACACUCAGUUCAGUGACUUCCUGGACGGCAUGGGACCGGCCCAGUUUGUUGGAAGACAGACUCUGGCCACCACGUCGAUGGGAGACGUAGAGAUCGGACUGACGGAGAGGAACGGAGGGCUGGAGGUGGAGGUGGUCCAGGCUCGAGGGCUGAUCAUGAAGCCGGGUUCCAAAGGACCUCCAGCCGCCUACAUCAAGGUCUACCUGUUGGAGAACGGGACGUGCGUGGCCAAGAAGAAGACCAAGGCGGUGAGGAAGUCUCUGGACCCGCUCUACAACCAGGUCCUGGUCUUCUCCGAGAGCCCUCAGGGGAAAGUGGUACAGCUGAUUGUCUGGGGGAACUACGGCCGAAUGGACCGCAAGUGCUUCAUGGGCGUUGCUCGUAUCCUGCUGGAAGAGCUGGACCUGAGCAGCGUUGUGAUCGGCUGGUACAAGCUCUUCCCCACGUCCUCCAUGGUGGACCCAGCAACGGCGCCACUGAUCCGCCACUGCUCCCAGAUGUCGCUAGAGAGCACGGUAGGGCCCUGCUGCGAGCGCUCAUAACCCUCCCAGCGGGCCGCUGUUUUUACAUGUUGCACCUGAGAAGUGCGAAGACUCUGAACACGGCGGUCUCAGGUUCCCUGCGCCCACGUCGGCCCUCUAGGGAGCAGGUGGGCCGUCCGGACCCGCAGAGGGACUCCCGGCACUUCCUGAUCGUCUUUUGAUAUCGUCUCACACGCUUCUUUUGUUGUCGGGAAACUAAUGCUCCGACGCAGGAAUGUUCCCUUUGAUGGAAACCUACUUCAAAGGAGGACUCAGUUCUGGAUGUGAUCACGCCGCCGGGACCAGAACUCACAGAGGACUUCAGCUUCAUCACCACCUCCAUAUUUGUUUCUGUUCAUCGACCGAUCCCUUCAGCUGGAGGUCAGAGGUCGGAGGUCGGAGGUGGAUCCUCAAGAAGAUCAUCUUGUUGGGAUGUUUUUGUUUCUCGCGUCUCACUGUUGUCAGAUCACUGGUCACAAACGUCCACGUGACCUUCGUCAGUCAUUAAAACGUUUAAUGAAGUGACUCGAUAAUGAACACAUAGAAUUCACCAGAAGCCAGAAUUCAGUUUUCUUCCUGAAACGCAACAUCUGGCUCACAAAUGCAAACCUAAUCUUUUCUAUCUAAUCUCCUACAUCUAGUCGUAACUUACUCAUUCACUGACUUUUGUCCUGUAACCAGAACUAUCUUUACUGUACGAACUAAUAGAUUCUUUUCAAUUCUGUCGUUGUGAAGAAUGUUUCACCUUCAACGACAAACUUCUGGAAGUUUCACGCUGCUCAGUAGCAGGACUCAAACAAUGAAAUAGAAUCGUAGAGUUAAGACUUCCAGUCACACGAGUCGUGACAUGAAGACUUGCAAUGGUUUAAGCAUAUCAUCUCUUUUUACUGUAAAAAAAUUAUUUACAGUAUGUUGCAUUGAUUGUUUAAACUCCCACCAUGUGACCCCUCACAAAUGAACAAGCUUGUCAAUAAUAAUAAUAACAAUAAUAAUAAUAAUAUGUCUAUUUUCAGCAUUACUAUUAUCAUAUCAUUAUUGGUAACUUGGAAACUUUUGGUCGGAAGAUAUGCAAGUUUUACAUUUAUCAUCUUUCAACAGACUUUCUUUCUUUCUUUCUUUUUUAAAAAUAAAUUUCUCCAUUUAAAUAUGCAUUUAUUUAGAACUAAACAUAAGCAUGCAAAUUCUUGCUAUUAUGAUGUUUAGAUGAACCCAGACAAGGUAAUUAUUUUAGUGUUUUUCGUUUCAAGAGACAUUAGUCGGCGGUGUAUUGUUGUUAUUGUGUCUCACUCCCGCAAAUUGAAAUAUAUUUCUUAGUCGUGAUAAAAUAAUCUGAUAUGAAAAUCAUUGUGAGGAACAAUGAAAGCAAUUUUGGCAAAAAAUACGGUACACUUCCGACAAAGGAAGUCAAAUACGAACUGACAAACAUGACAUGCCUCUGAGGCACGUACCACCAACAUUUAAGCUUUGUUAGAUUCCAUGUUCUAAUUUUACUUCCAUCACCAGCAUCCAUCUAAUAGCAGCUUGUACGACGCUAAUCUCUGCCAACCUGCGUCCCCUCCGUCGUCCACUUCAAUUACAGACCAGUGAACGGCGAGUGACAACGUGUGACGGCGGUGUUCCGGCUGCUCAGAGAAGCUCUUAUUCCAAAUAACAGCCGUGAUCCGCUGAGACACCCGGUGAUUAACAUCCACCCGGAGGAAGCAAAGGCAGCGCUGCGGCACAGAUGGAGAGAGCCAAGCAGAACAUAUCAAUGUUGUGAAUCACACACCACUUUAUUUAGCACUCAUACUUGUUCACGUGUACAUAAUCCAGUCACGGCGUCGCCGUCAUCGUUCAGAUGAUAAUAAUAAAAAAGGGUUAAAGGGACUUUUUUGCUAGAGCUGAAGAAUGUAGCGCUAGCCAGUAGCAUCUGCAUGACUGAUCCGUUUCUUAUUUGGUCAAACUUAGCAUGAGCCGUUAUUAGCUACCAGCUGACAAAUUCUGUUGAAUAAGAGUAAACGUGUAGCUGUUUUUCUUUGACAAAUAAUGCAAAUAAGAAGAAGACACCUUGUUAUAUGACGAUAAAUAUUCGCCUUGAGUUUAAGAUUAAUAAGAGUAUUGAAUUGUUGAAACCACCUGGGUCAUAUGUGACUCAAAAUAUAUAUUUUUAAAUUUUCGAUAAACAAGUUUGAGUUGAGUUAUGUCGUCAUGAGCCAUCUUGAAAACUUCAUUAUAAAUCACUCAAAAAAAAAAAAGAUUCCUCAGGAGUCUCCUGACCUUCAUUGACCUCUCCAUGUUAUAGCGUCAAUCGAGUGUCAUCACUUCCGAUCUUACACACACAUUGUGCGUGGAGGAAGUUAAACCUGGUCAGUGGGAGGAGCACCCCGUAUCUGACUUGUUUUCAGUCGAUGAAACUCACUAAAGCAAUAAAACAUGAGAAAGUGGAGUAUAUAAAAAUAACGUCAACACUUGAAAAUGUUGUCACAGUGUUGUAGAGGUCAUGUUGCGUGACGUUUCAGAAUCAUUCCUGCCUCUGCGCUAGAUGUGGUGUCACAGGUGGGAUCCUAAGACCCGAAGUGUUCAGCUCAUCCACUCAAUCUGAGAGUAGCCAAGUAAAUAAAAAAGAAGAAAAGAAAGCAACGAUUGGCAGAGUCCAAGUCUCUUGCAGUUCCAAAUAACUUGUCUGUCCGAUUCUCCUCCUUGACUUGUCGUCCUUGUAGUUUUCGAUGUGAAAGAUGUAGAGUCUCAACAUGAAUCAUGGCUGCGGAUGUCCAAAUGUAAACUUUAUGAAUAUAUUACGUUGUGUGCCGCGACCUUCUGAAUGUCACCAUCUGUGUUUCAAGCUGCAGCGCCCUCUUGAGAACCAUGUUUUAUCCAUGUUCUGUCACUCAACCCCGCCCCUAGGUUUCAUUGAUGAUGUUGUGAUGUCGACCCCAGGUUGUUGCUAUCUUGCUCAAUAUGUACUGUAAGACUUUGUAUCACUUUGUCUGAUGAGUCAUACGCGUCCCAAAACAUUGAAAUCUGGGUCCGUUCAUUUAUUAAUAGAGCUUGUUUGCACACUUUCAACCAACGACUUUACAUGUCGGAGGCAGUGCUGCAGCACGGAAGUAAAACCGGGUCAACAGGCAGCGCAAAUGAAAUCAGAAGGACUCACUCUGAUGUGUGGCACUCACAUUGUGUCUAGUUUUCAAGAGUUACUGAAGACCACAUCCUGUUGCGUUCUCUGACUCACUCGAGCACAGACUCGGCAAAUUCAGGACUCCCACUGACAUGGGCGCCGCCUAGUGGACACUAGACAUGUUCACGAAACCUUAUCACAAAUUCAAUGAGUCUGAGUCAGUAAAGAGUGACUCUCGAGUUCAGAAUCUGACACAGCUCUUUUCACAUCGCAGCACAUGAGCGUGUUUCCUUCUAGCAAAUGAUUUGAAUGUCGUAACUAAGACUUUUCUGUGAAUACUUAGAAAAAGUGUUGUUUCUUCAUGCUUUUGGUUUGUCGAGAAAAGAUUGUCGUUUCGUACGAUGAAGUGUCAUCAGCUGCACAUUUGAAGAUCAGACAUCGUGUUGAAACGCCACGCCUUGUCCCACUCUGUCCACGAGUUUAUCGCCACCAUGACGUAUGUAACAGAAGUGUUGUUUUCUUCGCUCCCACGUCGAUGGUUCGUACCACAUGAACUGUGUAGAGGCCUUAAACACUCGGUGUUCACUCGUCAGGGCUAACCAACUGAAGAUAAGAAACGAAGCAAAUGUUUUUCAGCUUCGAUGUUUCACGACAUUUAUCAACUGGAAUCUUGAAGAGUUGAUGAUAUUUGUGGUCCUUCUUGGAUUUAUUCAGUCAAUAAA